AUGCAUCACAGUGUCUUUGUGUGGCUUGCUGCAGUCGCCCUUGGUUUGGUUUACGGACAUAAUACUCUCUUUGAUGGAUAUGAGCUGUCUAUGACGGGCUAUCACCUCUGCGCUGGGAAUCAGACCACAGACCUGAGUUCAGUAUUGUCCUACCAGACGUCAUACAUUCAGAGGCGGUCGUGUGGAGGUUGGCUGCCUUGGAGGACCUGUGAGGUGACCCUUUACAGAGUGGCCUACCGCUCUCACAUCAUCCGCACACACAGAGAGGUCACACAGUGCUGCGCUGGAUACGAACAAGUGGGCAGUUACUGUGCUCUGCCCCUGAACAGCAGUGCGGAGUUCACUGCCAAGCCAGGUUCCUGUCCCGAGGCUGUCCCCGGCUCUCCCUGCGGAUCUCAGCCUCAGUGUGGGUGGGACACAGACUGCCCCGGCUGGCAGAAGUGUUGCCUGGCUGCAGGUGGCUUCUUCUGCACUGACCCACCGCCUCCAGCUGAACAAGGAUGGUGCUUGAAUGCGUCUAUAACAGUAAAGAUGACGUAUCAGCAGAUGGUUUCCACUGAAGGAGGGAUGUUAAACCACACACGGCUGCUGCAUUCUGUGGUGACAGGGGCCUUGAACUCCUCUGACAUCUCUGUGCACCAUGUUCGCUCAUGGUCGGCUGGUCCUCUCACAACCUCGUCCUCACUCCUCAUUGGUUCCCCCUCGGCUCUCGUCCUAGCAGACGUCUUCAGCAGGCUUCAGGCUCUGCUCAAACACAUAGAGGAGGUGGUUGCGGUGAUAGUCGAAGAUAUGGAUGAGUGUGUCCACCGGGAGCUGAGUAAGUGUCCUCCUCAGUCAGUCUGCGUCAACACAGAGGGCUCUUACGUGUGCCGCCCUGACGAACACUGCAGGAACACAACCUCCGAGCCGCCACCUCGGCAGACUAUGCCUUCUUACCCCAGCGUCACGACUGAGUCGCUGCAGAACUUCACAUGCCGUAUACGCUCUCCAUCUCCUCCGUCAUCCUCUUUAGAUGCAGUACCCGAGAUCACCAGCAUCAGCCCCUUCAACAUCACAAGCUCCUCGUUUUGCGUGUCCUGGACGGUAGCGCCCCAGAGUGCGGUCACCUUCCGGGUGACCAUCCUCCAGCGCUCGCUGGAGCUGAGAGGCUGGGAGACGGCGGAGACGGAGAUAGAGGUGAACCAGCUCCAGGCAGGGGUCCUCUACCGAGUCUGUGUCACUCCUCACGCCUGUGGAGUUCCAGGAACCAUGGUGGAGAUACAUGUUAAAACAGAUGCACAGACUCUUCAGGCUGUAGCCCGUCUGACGAACGUGCAGUUCACCAUGUCCCUGCUGGAUUCAGAGAGCCCUGAGUAUAAGAAUCUCUCCCAGAGCAUUCAGACUGAGAUCCUGCAGUCCCUCCCUCCAGACGUACAGGCCUUGGUGGAUUCUGGGAAGGUCCGUAUCGUCAUUACUGGCUUCUCCGCCGGCAGUGUGGUGGUGAACUUUGCCAUUGUGUUCGUGCCCAACGCGAGCCAGGACAUCAUGGAGGUGUCCCACUCUGUCAUGGCCUCUCUGCAGAACAGCUCCAGGUACACCGUAGACAGCAACGGCACCUCUGUACAAGAUCUGGAUGAGUGUCUGAGUGGAGAUGUGGACUGCUCUAGUGAGGCAGAGUGUGUCAACACGUGGGGAGGUAAAAGGAUAAUACUAAUACUGAACAACUACCGUUUACUAUUUAAAAAACUAUUUAAAAAUGUCCGUUCCAAAAAAAUAUAUGUUUAUACAAUAUAUGCUAAUAUUAUAAUAUCAUUCUUUUCUUCAGCUCUGAAUGUAAACUCAUCCGUGUCAAGUCUGCCUCCAUCCAUCACCUCCACACAGAGCACCUAUGCUCCGAGACUAAGCACUGACACCUCACAUGUCACUACACCCUCAGUGACCUUUACUACAGACGAAACAUACCCGACCACCAUGAUCAUCCAUACACCGAUCACUGAAGGCCUCAUUAUUCCAUCUGAACCUGUUACAAAUACAUCCAAUGGUGGCCUCUCAGACAACCAGAUGACGUCAGAUUCAUUUCACACCACCCCUUUAGACACAACAACAGCAGCAAUUCCAACAAGAAAAACAACCAGUCAUAGUAGCACAAUUUCGUCAGGCGUAUCUACUCCCUAUAUUUCAGACAUAACAAUAACAACAGCAACAAUCAACUCCACCACCACAAGUUCAGUGUCCUAUUCAGAGUCGAUGACUAAUAGUGUUGGGAAUCCCGCUACUCUCAACAUAGUCACGGCCAAUUUGACCACAACACAAACAAACGCCAACCCAACCCUGACACACAGUAUCUCACCAGCAACCACAACCUCUACACACCCAACUUCAACUACAUCCAAGGCUGUGGUCACAACCGUACCAGUGAUGACAACCACUUCAUCCACAACCAAGGCUACGGUCGCCAACGAACCAGUGAUGACAACCACUUCAUCCAAAACCAAGGCUACGGUCGCCAACACACCAGUGAUGACAACCACUUCAUCCACAACCAAGGCUACGGUCGCCAACACACCAGUGAUGACAACCACUUCAUCCACAACCAAGGCUACGGUCACAAAUGCACUAGCGUCUACAACCACUUCAUUCUCAACGAAAGCUAUCGUCACGGAUGCACAGAUUUCUCCAGAUCUUAGCAGCACCUCUCAGCCUAUCCAGGUCAUCUCUCAACUGAUGAGCAUCACUGUUGAGUGUAAGGCAGGCUACAUGUCUGUGAAUGUGGACCGAGACUUCCUGAGGGACAAGCACAUUCCGGAAGACACGCUGUACCUGGGCCUGUCCGAGUGCGGGGUGAACGGAGGGAACGCCAGUCACGUCCAGCUGGUGGCAGCCUGGGAUGAAUGCGACACAGUUCUACUGAGUAACAGCACCGAUAACACGGUGCAGGUGAUGCUCUACAACAACAUUAGCAGCUACACCUGGCCCGACGGCUCCGUAAGCACGCCUAGUGCCCGGCUCCAGGUGCCUAUCCAGUGCAGCUACAUGAAGAACGUCAUCAUCUCCGCGGGAUACUCGCCCCUGGUGUAUGACAUGAUCAAAGACGUGGUGCAGGGGUCGGGCUCCUUCCAGGUGGCAGUGCGUCUGCUGAACGGCUCCACACCCCUGCCUGAGAACUACACCCUCUCCCCGGACGAGGAGGUGGUGGUGGAGGUGAGCGUCAACUCCACCCUCAGUCAGAUCAAGGUGGUGCUCAACAGGUGCUGGGCCACCCCCACCCGCGACCCCUCCGGACCCGUGGAGUACGUGUUCCUGGAGAAUGGUUGCCCUCUUCCUAAUAGCUACACCACAGUUCUCCAGAACGGCAAUGACAGUAGAGCGCUCCUGGCCAUCCGCAUUUUCUCCUUCGUGGACCUGGACAUCCUCUACCUGCACUGCCAAAUUCAGAUCUGCUUCAAGAUUGGAGAGUCUUCCUGCAGGCCUGUGCGUCUGUUUUCAUGGGCUGUACAAGCACUGCACUUACAGGAUGUGAACAGACUUCUUACAAACUCCUCCUGGAGGGUUCAGUUAGGUUUACUGGCUCAUCACCUCUCUCUUGCCCUCCAUCUCUCUCCAGAGGAGGCUGUUGCCCAGCAGAGGGACACUCUGCGGAUCGUUGGCUUCAGCCUGCUGGGCGUGGGCCUAGGCCUGCUUUCCUUGGGCGGGCUAGUGGGGGCCCUGAUCUACAGAAGGCGGAUCGGCACCUACAAUUUCAGCUUCAAGCCCAGGCCGGAGAGCUUCACCUACCAUGUGUUUGACACCUAGGAGUUUCUGUCUGUCUAUCUACCCCGUUGUGUUGCGUGUCUUUCAGAGAUAUAUUUUGAUUGUAUUUCUUGAGGAAGACUGGGAUUUGGUAUGCUUUUUAGAGGAAAAUAGUCACUAGCACUUCUGUGAAUACAACUAUUACACACUUAAAGUAUGUCAUAUACUUAUAUUUUCAUAGCUAUUUACAUUACUGAAGUGCUAAACAG